AUGGGAAACGCCAUCUCCUGGAUUCAGGGUUCCGACCUGCCGCCCUCUGUCGUGUUGGUCCCACCACUCCUCGAGCGCGAGCGCAAGGGGCGAUCUCGGUUCACGAAGAGCUCGUAUGACAGGCAAUUUGCGAGACCCCAGCUUGAGCUGCUGUUUGGCGACUACCUGGGUCCCGACCUGCGCAGCAUCCUUCAUUUUGCACCCCCCGACGACCCCCGCAUCAACGUCACGGCUAAGCUGGGCCUCCCUCGCGGCAUCGGGCUGGGGACCGGGCAGUCUGGCACCGAGGCUGCUGGCCCGGCCGUGGGCUCCAUGACCCUGCGCUUUGAGCCAGACCCUCGCCACCCCUACUCCUUCGUGGACGUGAAGGCCGGCGCAGCGGGCGCAGCGGGCAACCUGGCCACGAUGCGGGCCUGCAUGAUCGACGCCGGCUCCGGCCUGGCCGCCUUUGCGCAGCUGCCCCUGGCGCCGGGGUCGAAGCAGGGCGCACUGCUGCAGGGCCAGAACCUGCGCCUGGGGGCGCGCUACACCUCGCCCGCCCUGUCGGCCGGCGCGGUGAUGUCCCCCUCCCAGGCUCUCCUGCACGACGCCUGGGUGGUCGGGAGGGUGGGUGGACUGGUGUGGGGCGCCAGCACCCGGCCCUCCCUGGCGCUGGGCCCCCUCUUCUCGGAGCCCGCCCCCGACACCGAUCCUCGGUCCCCAAUCCAGCGCGCCGUCGAUGCGUGCCUCUCUAGAGCCAGCUACGGCAUCGCCUACUCCCCCGGCGCCCAGUCGGCCACUGAGCACGGCCGCUUCACCGCCGCUCUGGAGCUGGUGGAGGAGCGCCAGCUCAGCGUCGCCUUCCUCUACCACAUGGCCCUGCAGCGCAACGUCCACAACCCUUUUGAGGGAUCAGGCGAGAUGAGAAGAGGGGAUGUGGUGGGCAUUACCAACUAUGUGGACAUUGGCUUCCAAAUGGUCUCCGACAUGCAAUCCGCUCAGGGCUCGGUCCUCCGCUUUGGAGCCAGCUGGCAGGCAAACAAGAAUGUGAUGCUGAAGGCACGGGCAGGACUGGACGGCGUAUCAGCUGCCGCGGUCUUCCGCAGCUGGUGGCAGCCGGCGUUCACCGCCGGGCUGGCCGCCAGCUACGACCUCCGGACGGGGCAGCCGCGGUUUGGGGCCACGGCAGCCAUCGAGUCCUACCGCCAUCUCAGGCAAGUCAUCGGCUGGUGGCAAGUGUGUGACAAGACGCCGUGGUAUGAACGGUCACACGAGGGCAACAAGAUGGCGGGUGCAAGACUCACCCAGCGGCACGUGGCCUCCAAGGAGGACGCUGCUUACCACGAGGGCAAGGGCCUGCUGGUCCCUCUGUCUGAGGUGGACAACCCAUUGAUCCUUGGACAGGUGGCCCCUGCCGAGGCUGACCUCCUCUGA